ACAGAUAAUGCAGCAGUAGAAGCAUUCAAGAUGGAAAUGCAAGAAAUUGCGAAAGAUGAGUCGGAACAAACGUUAGCAGCCAUGGGUCCAGUAGUUGAAGAUCUUAGUGUUUGUCCACUCCCAGAUGCUUCUCCGUCAAUCAGACAAGUAUUUUCUACUGCCUUCAAUGAAGUGACUGGUGAUGAUGCUGCAGACCAAAACAAAGGUGAUAUAGUUGAUGUUGGUGAUGAUGAAUGGGAAGAUUUGCCAAAUGAAGGCAGUUCUCCACCAAUGAAACACCAUUACAAACUGAAGAAGAAAGAAGCCAGAAAGAAGACAUCUAGAUCAUCAAAAGGCACAAAAAGAGCAUUAUAUUUUCCAUGUAAAUCAAGAUCAGGCAUGACUGUUGCUCUGGAUACAGCAUGACAGAAACACAGUUUUGACAGUCUUUCUUGUGAACACGACUGCUGGGCUAUAUCCUGGUACACACACUGAACAGUAUGCCACAAAGAUGACAAAGAAGAGGAAAGCCAUGCAAGAGAAGUCACAACUACAAUCAACAAAAUGCCAGAGAAUGAUCCUUAAGCAAGAGCGCGCUAUUGUUCAGAGUUCAUCUGAAGUUCUGGAGGGAAUUUUGUACCAAUCAGGUAUUGGACAUGAUGCUGAUACUGAUAUUGAAAGUUUACCAGAGGCCAUACCGAGGGGCAUUUUUAAGUCCAUUAGUUUUAGGGAAGGAGACAUUGCAUCCUUUGUAACUUUUGACUUGGAAACUACUGACCUCAUUCAUGGAUGAAUAUUCUCUCAUAUGACACAAAUUGCAGCCUAUGAACUUCAUUCUGGAGCUACUUUUUCUGUUUAUGUGACACAAAGAUUGCCAAUAUCAAGUUCUGUUUCGAGGGAGGAAAAAGCAAGAAAUCUACCAUCUCUGAAUCCUCAUAUCAGCCAUGGAGUGAUGAAAAUGUGUACUGCAGAAAAUGUUGCUGGUUUUUGCUUACAGCUCACCCAUCUAAAAAAGAUCUUUGAGUUGGAUGGAGAAGAAGGACUUAGAAACUUGUUCAUUGCAUCAAACUCAGAGGGACAACCACGAGUAACAAAUGUAAAGAGAAUUCUUGAGUGUUUUACCAAAAUUGGUAGAUUAUUUUGUAAAGAAUUAAUCUUCAAUUAUGUGCUGUGAAGAGAUGUAUAUGCAUUAUCUGUCAAUAUAUUUGAUGCAUGUAUUUCUUUUACAUCACUGUACUCUUGUACAUAGAUUGUAUAUUUGUAUAAAUUGUAGACAUUUUCGUUACAAGCUUAUAAGUAGAUACAGUGAAAGAAGAUUUGACAAUUUUUAUUCAUGUAGUUUGUCAUAUUUAGUGCUUUGUAUACAUUGUAUGCUGUAUAGAUAGAUAAAUGUUUUUUAUUGGGUGUAUAUAUAAUAUGUGCCUAAAUCUGUGUUGAUAAGACAAAGGAAUGCUUACAAAUUAUUGGAAAGUAUGUUAUGUUCCAAAUGUUUAUAGUUGUUGUGGUAAUCAUAGUAAAAUGCACAUUUUAAUGAUUUUGAGCAAUAAGAAUUGUCCCCCCCCCCAUGCUUUUCAUUUAUUUCCAGAAGUUGUUUUUGUCCAACAGAACAUUGAAAAACUUAAAAAACAAAAAAAGUUAUGAAAACACAAAUUUUGAAAAUUUAUCGAUUUUAAAAAAAUUCAGUGUCAGUGAAAAUGUCAACAGUAAAAAUUAUUAAACGUUGCUUUUUGAUAUGUAUUGUUUUUAGAUUUCUAGGUCCUGUCAUAGUUAUAAUCAAUAUUCAAGUUUUAUUUGGUUGGUGCGAGUCAAUCUGAAAAUGAUUGUAAAGUACGUUGCAAUGUUUUAACCUGGAUAAUUUAUAAUAAAU